AUGGCCGGAUUUCUGAUUCCACCGUGGUACAAACCGUAUGAGCCAACGGAAGCCGACCUCAUCUUGGCGACCUUCGUCUGGGGCUUCACCUUUGCCCUUGCUAUAUGUGUAUUCGCCAAGGGGGUGAAGCAGACACACCGAUGCUUCCGACGUUGCCACUUCUGGAACCCCUAUAUCAUCAUGGUCUGGGUAGAGUGGGCAGCAUGCCUCGGUGUCGCUGCCAGCAGCUGGUUGUUUCUAAGAGUUCAUCCGCUAACCUACAUGGCCAAGCUCUACAUUGAGAUGAAUAUUGCCGAAUUCCUCGGUAAGAUCCUCAAGCAAUCCAAUCGUCGGCGCAGCUGCUUUCCCCUGUCGAAUGACUGCGGCACUCCCAAUACGUGUAAUGGUUGGCAGCCCGACCUCGAAGCGGCCGGCAACCCACACGACCACAUGUUCAACCGCGAAUGGCGGAACUCCAAGGACCAAUUCCACGUCAAGCAAUCUGGCGGGCAAAUGCACCCGCUGAACAUGGAUCUCUUGACGGGCGGGGAGAAUAGUCCUGAUCGUACAGACAUGUGGGGUGGGGUUCAUGGGGCUGUAUUGUACGACGUCCGCGCGGAAAAGAAGGACGAAGUAGGGGAACCAUCGACACCAAGCGAAGUUCACGUCAGAGAUCCGCCAUGGCCGACAGUGGAAGUUAAAAGGAGAUCGAGUAGUUCGGACGAGAUGAGACAUCCAAGACAAAAACGACCCCGGAUGCAGCGCGUAGAGACCUGUGCCGGCUACGACGAUGGGGACGACAACAGCGGAGAUACAACUGUGGAUGGGCGGCGUGCGAACCGUUGUCUUUCACAGGACUAUUCGAAUGCGAGGCGCAAGCGGGACAGUGGAGCCGAAACAGAGAUGGACACUGAUGCACUGAUGCAAGGAGCGGCCCAAGGGACAAAAACUUACAGUGACCAUGAAGAGGGAGGAUGA